AGCUGCCGCCUGGUCCGGUCCACUUGCCGCCUCUUCUGCCGCCUGCGUAUCAUUCACCUACCCCCCACCCUCCUCCUCCCCUCCCUCUCUCCCCCCCGGCCCGCCACCGGAUAUCAGUCAGGGGACGCAAAACCUGCGCGCGUCUGGCCGCUGGACUUCAACUUGCGGGCGACGGAAGACGAAGGAAAACUCCUCGGGAUUCUCCGCAAACCGCGCACGCAUCUUCACUCUCCGUGUGACGCGUUCAAGUGCUUCUGCAGAAGGAGAAUUCUGGGGAGAUUUCCGACUCUUUCCAUCGCCAAAGAUGAAGCAGCGCCGCGGACCUGCGCACUGAGACCGGGGGCUCCCACUUCAAACUGUCCUGCUUCACCAUGAACCAUGACUAAAGGUGUUGAGGUCUGGUCUCCAUCGUCGUGUGCAGUGAGGCAGUGAGCUGACGGAGGAUACAGCAUGCAUGUGUCCACGUAUCCCAUGAUGCACUCUGCCAGCCCGGGUCUGCUCCUCCUCAGCUUCCUCUUCCUCGCCGACGCCGACUCCCCCCCGCGGUUCACCCGGACCCCGGAGGACCAGACCGGAGUCCAGGGCGGUGUGGCGUCCUUCGUGUGCCAGGCCGCCGGCGAGCCGCAGCCCAAGAUUGUGUGGAACAAGAAAGGCAAAAAAGUCAGCAACCAGAGAUUUGAGGUCAUAGAGUUUGACGACGGGUCCGGCUCGGUCCUGAGGAUCCAGCCCCUGCGGACCCCGAGGGACGAGGCCAUUUACGAAUGCCACGCCUCCAACUCGGCCGGGGAGCUCACCGCCUCCACCAGACUCAGUGUGCUCAGAGAGGACCAGCUGCCUUCGGGCUUCCCCACCAUAGACAUGGGGCCCCAGCUAAAGGUGGUGGAGCGCUCCCGGACCGCCACCAUGUUGUGUGCGGCCAGCGGGAACCCCGACCCGGAGAUUAGUUGGUUCAAGGACUUCCUGCCGGUCAACACCUCCAACAACAACGGACGAAUCAAGCAGCUGCGCUCAGAGUCCUUUGGUGGCACGCCCAUACGAGGUGCGCUACAGAUCGAGAUGAGCGAAGAGUCGGACCAGGGCAAGUAUGAGUGUGUCGCCACCAACAGCGAUGGCACUCGCUAUUCCACGCCUGCAAACCUCUACGUCCGAGUCCGCCGCGUGCCCCCGCGCUUCUCCAUCCCGCCGGCGGACAGCGAGAUCAUGCCGGGCGGGAACGUCAACAUCACCUGCGUGGCGGUGGGCUCCCCCAUGCCCUACGUGAAGUGGAUGCUGGGAGCCGAGGACCUCACCCCCGAGGACGACAUGCCCAUCGGCCGCAACGUCCUGGAGCUGACGGACGUGCGGCAGUCCAACAAUUACACCUGCGUCGCCAUGUCCACGCUCGGCGUCAUCGAGGCGGUGGCGCAGAUCAUCGUGAAAGCUCUGCCCAAGGCUCCUGGCACCCCGGUGGUGACGGAAAGAACUGCAACGAGCAUCACUCUCACCUGGGACUCGGGCAACCCUGAGCCGGUCUCCUAUUACAUCAUCCAGCACCGAUCCAGAGGCUCGGAGGACGCCUACAAGGAGAUCGAUGGGAUCGCCACCACGCGCUACAGCGUGGGCGGCCUCAGCCCCUACUCACAUUACGACUUCCGCGUGGCGGCCGUCAACACCAUCGGCCAAGGACCCUCCAGCGAGGCGGUGGAGGCUCGCACGGCCGAGCAGGCGCCCUCCUCGCCCCCCCGACAGGUCAGAGGUCGCAUGCUGAGCACCACCACCGCCAUCAUCCACUGGGACGAGCCCGAGGAACCCAACGGGCAGGUGGUGGGCUACAGGGUCUACUACACGGCGGACAACUCUCUGCCAGUCAACCAGUGGGAGAAGCAGAUGGUGCGCAGCGCCAACUUCAUAACCAUCCAGGGUCUGACCCCCAACAAGACCUACUACAUCCGCGUGCUGGCCUUCACCUCGGUGGGAGACGGCCCCCUGUCCCAGGACCUGCAGAUCAUCGCCAAGACAGGCGUUCCAUCCCAGCCAUCAGAGUUCAAGGGGGAGGCCAAGUCGGAGACCAGCAUCCUGUUGUCCUGGGUGGCGCCCCCCCAGGGGGGCCCCGACAACCAGAUCACAGGAUAUGAACUGGUUUAUCGGCGAGCAGACGACAGCGAGGAGAAGAAGGUGAACUUUGAGCCCACCACCUCCUACCUGCUGAAAAACCUCAAGCCUUUCUCCGCCUACACCUUCCAGCUGGCGGCCAGGAGCAAACAUGGCGUGGGCGCGUACACCAACGAGGUGUCCAUCGACACGCCUCAGACACUUCCCUCAGCGCCUCCCCAGGACGUAGCGUGCACCAGCCCCACUUCUACCAGCGUCCUGGUAAGUUGGGCACCGCCGCCCGUGGAGUUUCAGAACGGCGUCAUUACGGGAUACACCAUCCAGUACUCCACCACGGGGGGCAACAGAACAUCCGAGAGAAUCGAGCGCAUUCCUCCGGAGAGCUCUCCGUAUCUCUUGGAAAGCCUCCAGAAAUGGACCGAGUACGGAAUAACAGUGCGGGCGCGGACGGAAGCCGGCGACGGACCGGAGAGCUUACAGCUGAUUGUCCGCACCGAGGAAGACGUUCCGAGUGGUCCUCCUCGAGGGGUGGACGCCGAGACCGUGAACGCCUCAGCUAUUAGGGUGAAAUGGCGAGCGCCAGCCCCGGAGCUGCAACACGGUCAGAUCCGGGGCUACCAAGUCCACUAUGUGAGGAUGAACUACGGCGAGCCUCAGGGUCAGCCCUCCAUCAAGGACAUCCUCAUAGAGGACUCGCAGUGGGAAUACGAUCAAUCGGCUCAAUACGAGGUGCUGCUGGGAGGUUUGAAGGCUGAUACCUCGUACUCGCUGUCGGUGGGAGCUUACACCGCCAAGGGAGACGGCGCUCGCAGCAAGCCUGUUAGCGUCUGCACCGCUAUGCCAUUGCCCGAAAAGCCCAAACUAACAGUGAGUGCAACUGACUCUGGCACCGCCGUGCUGCACUGGAGCCCACCGCCCGAUCCGCCGACCCCUCUCCUGGGUUACCGCCUCACCUUCGGCCGCGUGGACGUUCUUCCCUUCACGGUGGUUGAGUUCCCCACCAAGGAGAAUCGCUACACGGCCCAGGACAUCCACAAGGGUGCCAAUUAUGUCUUCAGACUGUCCGCCCGCAACAAAAUGGGCUAUGGAGAAGAGGCGGCUAAAGAGGUGGCCACCCCUGAAGAUGCUCCGACUGGAUACCCAGAAAAUAUUAUCUCAGAGGAGAUGUCUGCCAACUCCCUUCGACUGAUUUGGAAAGCGGUGCCGCUCAUUGAGCAAAAUGGGAAAAUCACAAAGUACUCGGUGCUGUACAAGGAUGUAAACAGUCGGGGGAAUGCCUCAGAACUUGUGGUGCCCACUCCAGAGUCGAGUGUUUUGUUGGAGGGUCUGAGUCCUGAUACCGUGUAUCAUGUCAGGGUGUGCGCGUUCACGGCUGUCGGGCCCGGUCCGUACAGCCCCGUUAUCCAGUUUCGGACGCAGCGGCUAGACCAAGUUUUUGCCACCAACUUCAAAGUGAAGGCUGCCAUGAAGAACUCCGUGCUGUUGUCCUGGGAGGUCCGAGACAAGAAUCCUACCCAGCCGUUCACUAUCCUGUAUGGAAAGGGUCAGUCCGUGGAGGUGGACGGGAAGCAGUCCCAGAAGCUGAUCACCGGUUUGCAGCCAGACACCCUGUACUCCUUUUUGCUAACCAACCGGGCCAACAGCGCCGGGGGUCUUCAGCAUCGCGUCACAGCCACCACGGCUCCCGACAUCCUGAAAACCAAGCCCGUGGUGGUGGGGAAGACCAACGCCGACGGCAUGGUGACUGUGCAACUUCCAUCUGUGCAGACGGCAGCUACAGUCAAGGGUUAUUAUGUGGUGAUUGUACCCCUGAAGAAGCAACGGGGAGGGAAGUUCCUGAAUCCCUGGGAGGAGCCAGACCAGAUGAACCUGGAUGAGCUGCUGAGGGAGAUUAACCGAACGAGCGUGAGCCGAGCGCUGCGUGUUCGCAGGCAGGCCGGCUUAUCGGAACCCAGGUCCUACGUCAGCGCCCACUUCAAAACUCUGCCCAUGGAGUUCACGCUGGGCGACGGACGGAACUACGGCGACUUCCGCAAUCCUGCGCUGCUGAACGGCCAGGAGUACGUCUUCUUCGUGCUGGCCCUGCUCGACCUCUCUGAGAACACCAUGUUCUCCACCAGCCCGUACUCGGACCCGGUCACCUCAUCAGACGUGGACCCCCAGCCAAUCAUUGACGAGGAGGAGGGUCUCCUGUGGGUGGUGGGUCCUGUGCUGGCGGUCAUCUUCAUCGUCUGCAUCGUCAUCGCCAUCCUCCUUUUUAAAAGCAAACCUGACAGGAAACGGGCUGAGGCGGAGGGCAGGAAAGGCAGCUUCCCCUGCAGCAAAGCCAUGUCGUCCCACCACCCCACCGACCCCGUGGAGCUGCGCAGGAUCAACUUCCAGACCCCAGCCUACUGCGUGUCAGUGUACCGUGGCUAUCGCCGCAUGUCAAGCAUGGCCACGCAUCCUCCGCUCACCAUCUCGGAGCUGGCGGAGAACAUCGAGCGCCUGAAGGCCAACGACAACCUCAAGUUCUCUCAGGAGUACGAGUCCAUCGACCCGGCUCAGCAGUUCACCUGGGAGAACUCCAACUUGGAGGUGAACAAGCCAAAGAACCGCUACGCCAACGUCAUCGCCUACGACCACUCCAGGGUCAUCCUGUCCGCCAUCGAGGGUGUGCCAGGGAGCGACUACAUCAACGCCAACUACAUCGAUGGCUACCGCCGUCAAAACGCCUACAUCGCCACUCAGGGCUCGCUCCCGGAGACCUUCGGGGACUUCUGGAGGAUGGUGUGGGAGCAGCACACCGCCAACAUCAUCAUGAUGACCAAGCUGGAGGAGAAGUCCAGGAUGCCCUCUUAUUUCUUCUCCAAGGUGAAGUGUGACCAGUACUGGCCCACGCGAGGGACAGAGACCUAUGGUCUGAUCCAGGUCACACUGCUGGACACCGUGGAGCUGGCCACCUACUCCGUCAGGACAUUUGCUCUCUACAAGAGCGGCUCCAAUGAGAAGCGAGAGGUUCGUCACUUCCAGUUCACAGCCUGGCCAGACCACGGCGUGCCCGAGCAUCCCACCCCGUUCCUGGCCUUCCUGCGUCGGGUGAAGGCCUGCAACCCUCCAGAUGCUGGGCCCAUGAUCGUCCACUGCAGCGCGGGGGUGGGCCGCACGGGCUGCUUCAUCGUGAUCGACGCCAUGGUGGAGCGGAUAAAACACGAGAAGACGGUGGACGCCUACGGCCACGUCACGCUGAUGCGCUCACAGAGGAACUACAUGGUCCAAACCGAGGACCAGUACAUCUUCAUCCACGACGCCCUGCUGGAGGCCGUCGCCUGCGGCAACACUGAGGUGCCCGCCCGGAACCUCUACUCCUACAUCCAGAGGCUGACGCAGGUGGAACCCGGCGAGAACGUCACCGGCAUGGAGCUGGAGUUCAAGGCGACCCAACAGUCUUCCUGUCUCCUCUAUGUCAGUUCCUGUACUGCAACUCCAUCUGUGCGUCUGGCGAGUGCCAAGGCGCACACCUCGCGCUUCGUGAGCGCCAACCUGCCCUGCAACAAGUUCAAGAACCGGCUGGUCAACAUCAUGCCCUACGAGACCACCCGCGUCUGCCUGCAGCCAAUCAGGGGGGUGGAGGGCUCCGACUACAUCAACGCCAGCUUCAUCGACGGUUACAGGCAGCAGAAGGCCUACAUCGCCACGCAGGGGCCGCUGGCGGAGACCACAGAGGACUACUGGCGCAUGCUGUGGGAGCAUAACUCUACCAUCGUGGUCAUGCUGACCAAGCUGAGGGAGAUGGGGCGGGAGAAGUGUCACCAGUACUGGCCGGCGGAGCGCUCGGCCAGGUACCAGUACUUUGUGGUGGACCCCAUGGCCGAGUACAACAUGCCUCAGUACAUCCUCCGGGAGUUCAAGGUCACCGACGCCAGGGACGGCCAAUCACGAACUGUUCGUCAAUUCCAGUUCACUGAUUGGCCAGAACAAGGCGUGCCAAAGUCUGGGGAGGGAUUCAUUGACUUCAUUGGUCAGGUGCACAAAACCAAGGAACAGUUUGGCCAGGAUGGACCGAUCACGGUGCACUGCAGUGCCGGAGUAGGCCGGACCGGCGUGUUCAUCACGCUUAGCAUCGUGCUGGAGAGAAUGAGGUACGAGGGCGUGGUGGACAUCUUCCAGACGGUGAAGAUGCUGCGCACGCAGAGGCCGGCUACCGUUCAGACCGAGGACCAGUACCAGUUCUGCUACCGGGCCAGUCUGGAGUACCUGGGGAGCUUCGAUCACUAUGCAACAUAAAGCCAGUCCGUCAUAGCACGCCCCACCUGGUCGGGUCUAGGCUGUGAGGAGAGCGCCGGCACCCGCAGAGUGAAGGUGUUCUUCGCACCUCCAACUGAGCCUUAGCAACCUGUUUGACAACGGGCUAUCCGCCCAAACACCUCCAUCGGUCACUCUACUCCGCCUGGUCGGUCUCGAUCAGAAUCUACUUGUCUUUGUUUCAGUGCUGUCAGAGGGCACUCAGGUGGAGGUGUGGAACUCAUCACCUCGUCACCGCCAGCGUAGCAUCACCGACCUUGAUAGGGCGUCACACCACUUUGGUUCUCCAAGGCCUCCAUCACACGGACCGGACUGGGAGCGCCUGAAGAGCCUGAACACAGUGUCAAGGACACCUCCUUUUCAAAUGUGCUUUGGGGGACACCGACUCUUGUUUUCCAGGGACUGAAGAAGAUCUUGGUGUCCCCGGCACCGGGUCAUGUCACGCUUCACACCCAGACCGAGGAGUUCUUCGAGAAGCACCGGCCUCACCGCAAACACAAACACUUUUUCUUCACAGGAGGACAAAAAGUGUGCUCUCUUCAAGUUCGUGUUGUCUUUUUUUACGUUUUUGAUGUCAUCAAAAUGUUGUUUUUUUUACGCCCAAAGGUCUUUUUGGGAGAAAACGGUUGAGCGUUUUUUUGUUUUUUAUUUGUGAAAGCACCACAAUGAAGUCACUCUUCUCACGUAUUUGCAUGAGCAACUUUGAACUGCACACACCUGACAGGUGCUUGAUGGAGAACACUCCGUUAGGGUUCAGUCUUAGGGUUCCGGGUUGGGGUCAAGCUUACAGUUCAGUGUUAGGGUUCAGGGUUACAGUUCAGUCUUAGGGUUCAGGGUUCCAGGUUGGGGUCAUGGUUACAGUUCAGGCUUAGAGUUCAGGGUUCCGGGUUUGGGUCAAGCUUACAGUUCAGUGUUAGGGUUCCAGGUUUCGGUCAAGCUUACAGUUCAGUGUUAGUUUUCAGGGUUGGGGCCAAGGUUAGAGUUCAGUGUUAGGGUUCAGGGUUAGGGCUAGAGUUACAGUUCAGUGUUAGGGUUCAGGGUCUGGGUCAAGGUUACAGUUCAGUGUUAGGGUUCAAGGUUGGGGCCAAGGUUACAGCUCAGUGUUAGGGUUCAGGGUUGGGGCCAAGGUUACAGUUCAGUGUUAGGGUUCAGGGUUGGGGCCAAAGUUACAGUUCAGUGUUAGGGUUCAGGGUUGGGGCCAAGGAUACAGUUCAGUGUUAGGGUUCAGUGUAGGGUUCAGAGUUAGGGCUAAGGUUGAAGUUAAGUGUUAGGGUUCAAGGUUGGGGCCAAAAUUACAGUUCAGUGUAGGGUUCAGAGUUAGAUGUUCAGGGUUGGGGUCAAGGUUUCAGUUCAGUGUUUGGUCCUCAGAGUUGGUAUCCAGGUUACAGUUCAGGUUACAGACUUCAGUUUUAGGGUUCAGUGGCAGGAUCAGGAUUCUAUUUAAGGUGGAUCUAAGACCGGGGUGUCCAAACGUCUUCCACUGGUAAAUCUAAGCAUGCGGCGGCCAUUUUGAUGUUUUUCUUUUUCAAAAUGUUAUCUUUAGGGUUCCCCUGAAGUUUGGUCCCAGGGACCCAGAAGGGUCUCAGUCAUAAAAAAAGUUACAAAUAAGUCUUACACACUUUUAUAUUUAACACUUAAGUCUACUGCUCAACUUCAGAUCUAUCUAGAUGUUUUAGUCAUGUUUUAUGCCAUGUUUGUAGAAGAAAGCCAUGUUUAUUCAUGGCACAAACAAAAAUUUGCAACAUUUUCCUGAAAAACAAAUUUCAAGUGAAAUGAUUUGGGAUUAUCAAAAUGAAUACUUGACUAUCUGCUCGUCAUCAUGACUUCUGCUUUUAAAGUUAGCCAGUAAAAAGUACAGCAUGUAAAAUUCGAAAACUUUCCUCUGCAAAUUGUGUAACGAGACUAUUUUAUGUUAAUAUUCAUGUUUAUUUGCCGUUUCAAGGGGCCCUUAACUGCAGUGUGGCCCUCAAUGAAAAGGAGUUGGACACCCCUGCUUUAGGCCUAGAGUUCAAAGUUCAUCGUCAGGGUUGGGAGUUAGAUCUAUGAUCUAGGGUAAGGUAAGCUAUUCAACUGGUAGCUCAGGGGCCCGAGAAAGACAUUGUAUGGGCCCCCCGAGGUCAGUUCAGAACCAUUUUUACUGCAAGUCGCUACAAACACUGCAGGCUCCUGUGGGAACUUGGACAAAACAUAAACACGUUGGCAUGUCCUUGCGUUGACAUUUGACCUUGCCAGCAAACACAGAAGACUGGGGGCCAAACUUGUGCUUUACAAAACCGAGGCGUUACUCAAGGCUCCUCUGUAAGUCCUCUCCUUUUUUGUUUUUUCUUUGUAAUGUGAAUUGUGUCCAUCAAUUGUUGCUAUAGUUUGUUUACUUCACCUGCACUCGGUGGGCAUACUAGUGGUGUUCCUCAAUGUUCCAUUUUAGGUCCUCUCCUUUUUGUUGUUUGUUUACUUCACCUGCACUCGGUGGGCAUACUAAUGGUUUUCUUCAAGGUUCCAUUUUAGGUCCUCUCCUUUUAUUUGUUUGUCUACCAUAGUUUGAUUACUUCACCUGCACUCAGUAGUACUAGUGGCAUUCCUCAAAGUUCCAUUUUAGGUCCUCUCCUUUUUGUUGUUUGUUUACCAUAGUUUGUUUACUUCACAUGCACUCGGUGGUUCUAGUGGUGUUGCUCAAGGUUCCAUUUUAGGUACUCUCCUUUCUGUUGUUUGUUUACCAUAGUUUGUUUACUUCACAUGCACUCGGUGGUUUUAGUGGUGUUGCUCAAGGUACCAUUUUAGGUCCUCUCCUUUUUGUUGUUUGUUUACUUCACCUGCACUCGGUGGGCAUACUAGUGGUGUUCCUCAAUGUUCCAUUUUAGGUCCUCUCCUUUUUGUUGUUUGUUUACUUCACCUGCACUCGGUGGGCAUACUAGUGGUGUUCCUCAAGGUUCCAUUUUAGGUCCUCUCCUUUUAUUUGUUUGUCUACCAUAGUUUGAUUACUUCACCUGCACUCAGUAGUACUAGUGGCAUUCCUCAAAGUUCCAUUUUAGGUCCUCUCCUUUUUGUUGUUUACUUCAGCUGCACUAAUUGGUACUAGUGGUGUUCCUCAAGGUUCCAUUUUAGGUCCUCUCCUUUUUGUUGUUUGUUUACCAUAGUUUACUUCACCUGCACUCGGUUGGCAUACUAGUGGUGUUCCUCGAAGUUCCAUUUUAGGUCCUCUCUUUUUUAUUGUUUGUUUACUUCACCUGCACUCAGUGGUCAUACUAGUGGUGUUCCUCAAGGUUACAUUUUAGGUCAUCUCUUUUUUUGUUGUCUGGGUCACCAGAAAGUUCAGUUCUAAAAACUUGUGAGGGACUCACAUUUUUGCAGCAGACUCUUAAAACCACUUAAGUGCUGUCAUAAAAAUAAUCUUUUCAAGAGCUUGUUUGCAAAAGGUCAUUAAAAACAGGAAAAGCGCCAGAAUAAGUCGACCCAAAUCAAAAGUCCACUGUAGGGGACGCUGGUUCUCCAGAAUAUGCAAAAUAAGACUAUUAGUGAAGGAAGAAGUUUGGCCCCCGGUCCUUAGCUUUUAUGACAGCGUGGCCCCCAUUUCCAUCCAUUCAUUUUCUACCGCUUAUUCCCUUUUGGGGUCGUGGGGGGCGCUGGCGCCUAUCUCAGCUGCAAUCGGGCGGAAGGCGGUGUACACCCUAGACAAGUCGCCACCUCAUUUGAAUAUCCCGGAACUGGGGUUAGGGUUUGGGGCUUGUGGUUAGGUUCAGGUUAGGUCUGUGUUGAAUUCAGGGUUGAGGUUAGGGUUAGGUUAGGUUUAAUUUAGGUUCAGGUUAGGUCCGGGCUCAGGUUUAAGGUAAAAAUGUAAGUUUGUGUUGUUUUGCCACAAAGUAUUAGUGAGUGUGUCCCAAGGAACUUAACAAGAGCCCAAACCACAAAUGAGCGGACACUGAAGGAGUGUGUGGGGGAUGGGAGUGUUUCGGAAUAUAUUUAAAGUUACACCACCAACAAGAAUAUUCUCACUGGAAUAUCCUUCUGUGUGUGAUUCAGUGUGCAAUAAUAAUAAUAAUAAUAAUAGGUAGAUGUAUGCUAUAUAAAUUAUAUAUAUAUAUAUAUAUAUUUUUUUUUUUUUUGUGUCCACACACUAACUGCAGUCACAUGAUGAGGAUGAUGACGAUGAUGAUGAUAGUGGUACAUCAUUUUCUCACCCCACGCCCAUAUGCCAACACCCCAACAUUGUUGUCACGGUAACCAAGGAAUGAUUGCUACUCCUCUGCAAACAUCAUGAGAUAAAUAAUUUCCUUUUAGAUUUCUAGUGCCUUAUAUUACACGCCUAUUUUAUUAUUGUCACCUUCUUGUGUGUGUGUUUGUGUGUGGGUGCUUUAUUUUGUAUUACUGUUGUAUUUGUAUGAAGGCCUGGUCCCUCAUGCUCACCACUCUCACAGGAACGCAGUCAUAUCCCCUCAAAAUAAGACUUUUCAAAGAGAUUCAGAAGUAUAUCUAUGACAUUUUCCUCUUUUUAGUUCAAACGUUUUAUUUACUUUAUUUCCUCAAAUAGUGGUCAACGCUCUACGUCCAUCUCCUCAAAUUAAAUAAUGACCUUUUGUCGCGUAUAACAGUAAAUCCUACUUCCUUUCACCAAAAAAAAAAAAAAGUAAUCUACUUUCUGCCCUUGAGUAAAUAAGGUGGACGCUACAUGAAAAGAUGCAGUAAAUCCAUCAAAAUGAAGUCAGGAGUUUUGCAUGCAAGAGUGGAUCCCACUUUUUACACCAAAAUAAAGUAACGCAUUGAAUACUUGCUGAAGUUUCAGAAAUACAUGAUUUUGUUAGUCACUGCACAAAGAAAUAAGGUAAACUAAACACAAAAUUAUUUGUUUCUUGCAUGCUAGAGUGUAUCACACUUCUUACACCAAGAUAAAGUAACAAAUGGACUACUCACUGCAGUUGCGUGAUUAAAUGUCCCUUUAGUCACUACAUGAGAAAAUAAGGUACAUUUAAACAUAAAAAACUGUUUUCAUGGUCACACAAAAUAGACAGGAUCCCACUUCUUACACCAAAAUAGAUUCACUAAUGGACUACUCACUGCAGUUACAAGAUUAAUUGCCCCUUUAGUCACUACAUGAGGAAAUAAGGUCAAUCUAAACAUGAAAACGUUUUUUUACCAUCACACAAAAUCCCUUUUUUCUUGCAUACAAGGCAGGAUCCCAUUUCCUACACCAGAAUAAAUUCCCAAAUGGACUACAUGAGAAACUAAGGUAGAUUUAAACAUGAAAACAUUCUUUUUACUGUCACACAAAAUCACUUUUUUCUUACAUACAAGGCAAGAUCCCAGUUCUGACACCAAAAUAAAUUCACAAAUGGACUACUCACUGCGGUUACGUAACUAAAUGCCCCCUUAGUCACUAUAUGAGGAAAAAAGGUACAUCUAAUAAUGAAAAAGUUGUUUCAUGGUCACACAAAUAUUUUUUUUUUUUUAAAUACAGACAUGGAUCCUACUUCCUUCACCAAAAAAAAAAAAAGGCCAACCAGUUAACCCUUCGCUGUCCUCUCUUGCCAACAUUGUGCUCAUGACAAAAGUCUAGGUUCGACUCCAACAGAAGGUGCAUCGUAGUCGCGGCGACCCGGGUGUUGUUUGUAUGCAUGGUACCACUUUGGAGAAGCCCCACCCCCCUGCCCCUGUUGGUCGUACCUGUAAUGGGAAGACUUGCACUUUCUCUCUCGUACUAUGCACUCGUCUGUUUGUUUGCCCCUCCCCUCUCCCGCUCCGUGAAAGAAACCAAGAAGUUGAAGGUGAAGCGGCUGAAGAUGGCCCCUGGUUGUGAAUAUGUAAAUAAGAGAGUUCCAGGAGUCUCACUUGACCAAUAUAUCACAACGUGGCUUUGUCGCACCACAAAAAGAAAACCUUUCACAAUAAAAGAGGUGUUCUAUUUUAGCCCCUCCCCCUCGUCAUGUGGGUGGAUGAAGGGUGGCGUUGUAUAAAAAUUAUGUUUUAUCUGGAUGGCUUCCCUCCAGCUGCUCUGUAAAUGUCCACUUUUCUUUCCUUAUUCCUUUUUCCGCUCAACAAGUGCUUUUCAUUUUCUUCCUUUGGUGGUCGGAAGAAGGAACACACCACUCUGUUGUUUGUCGACACAAGUUUCAUUUCUUACCAAUAAACUCAAGUGGAAUAAAAAAGAGGGAAGGUGUG